CUGGGAUGUGUUUUUAAAAUGGAGAUCGUGGUGUUUCCUGUGUUUCAUUGAAAACAGAAAUGAACACCUAAACAUGCUGUUGCAUCGAAAAUAAAUUCUUCAUGGAAACCUGUCAUCAUCUGUCAAAAUGUCGACCAAAAGGGAGCAACUGUUCCAUUUUAAACCCCCAGAAAUGGAUGUGCUACAUAUGUGGCACAACAGAAAGUGUCUGGGCCUGUUUAAAUUGUCCGAAUGUGGCCUGUGGAAGAUUUAACCAAGAACAUGCCUUGAAGCACUUCAGUGACAGCAAGCACCCUCUGUGUAUAGAAGUGAACUCCAAGUAUGUCUAUUGUUACCUUUGUGACGAUUACGUUAUUAACGACAAUGCCGCUGGGGACCUGAAGACAAUCCGCAGCGCUCUCAGUGCCAUUGCCACACAGACCUUUGGUGAUGUGGAGACCAAGGGCUUUAAGUUACUGAGGUCCUACUCCCACACUGCCAUAACGUCCACCUUGACAUCAAAAGAAGAUGACAGAAUUGCUACAGCAGACUGGCACAGAAGGCAAAAGGUCCUGGGGAAGACAUUUGCAGCAUGGCAGGCCUUUAUUUUGGAUGAAAAAAAUAAAAAGACUCCGAAGAAAAAUCGGCGCCAAGCAGAAGUACUAGUGCCGUCACCAUCAAGCCCCUUCAUGAGAAAGCGUACAUUAAUCCCAGGAAUUACUGGCCUGCGUAACCUUGGUAACACUUGUUACAUGAAUUCAAUCUUACAGAUCCUCAGCAAUUUGGAAGAGUUCCGGGAAUACUUCAUGCAUUUGGAGACACAGUCCUCCAAGAGUGAUGCCUCAUCCCAAGCCGCAUCCUCCUCUACCCCCUCUCCCUCCCCCUCCCCCAGGUCAUCUGCCAGGCUUCUGACUCGUCACUCAUCAUCAAUCACACCUUACCUCAGUCGCCAGUCAACUGUGGAAUGCUUUCAGCAUUUAAUGACGCCCAAAUCAUCUAAGAACAGCAGCACCAAGAAAGAGGGACUGAGUGGGGGGUCCACGUCAUGCACACCUGUCCGACGUCAGCUUAUCAGUACAGUUGAGUCUAAAAACUCUGCCCCAGACAAAAUCUCUCUGCACCAGGAGUUGAACGGUCUGUUCCGUGUGUUGUGGUCAGGGCGAUGGGCCCAAGUCAGUCCUCAUGCCCUGCUUCAGGCUGUGUGGCAGGCCAUUCCCACUUUCAAGGGCUAUGCACAGCAAGAUGCCCAGGAGUUUCUAUGUGAGCUACUUGACAAGGUGCAACAAGAACUUGCAGUCAUCAAUGACACACAAGAUAUUGUAAAUGAUACAUUCCAAGGUCAGCUUGUCAGUCAGGUCACAUGCCUGAAGUGUAAAAACGUAUCAGAAACCAAUGAACCCUACAUGGACCUGUCAUUGGAGUUUCCUGAACGCUAUCAAAUCACAAAAAAGAAUUUUAAAGUGGCGCAGGACAUGUGUCAUGUGACAGAAAUGCUAGCCAAGUUUACUGAUGUUGAGAAAUUGGAGGGAAAGAUUUAUUCUUGUGAAAAGUGCAACAAGAACAGACGGGGAAGGUGUCCAGCUAAGGUGGUGUACUCAGAAGCUGAGAAACAAAUUCUGGUGAAGAAAUUACCUGAUGUUCUACGCCUCCAUCUAAAGAGGUUCAGGUGGUCCGGUCGUUUCCAUCGAGAGAAGAUCCUGACACAUGCUGCGUUUGAUGAGACAUUAGACUUGAAACCAUUCUGUACUCCUGUAAAGGGAAGGAGUGAGGCCUACCAGUACCAACUACAGGGGGUGGUCAUUCACCAUGGCAAAGGAUUUGGAUGUGGGCACUACACAUCCUGUUGUUGGAAUGUCGAUGCAGAUUCCUGGGUGGACUGCAAUGAUGCCAGGAUGCGGCUUUGUCAGUUAGAGGAUGUGCUGCUCAGUCAGGCUUAUAUACUCAUCUACACAAAGAUCAAACAGACAAACAAUAACGCGUGCUCAUCAGAAUCCCACUGUACAGAUUAUCAAAUGACAGACUCGCAAAGUACAGUGGCCUCCGACAGUACGGAGAAAUACAACCUCAGUGAAGGGGAGUUCACUCCUCCUCUUAGACGCCUCAACUCCUCACAAAUAAUUGACAGGGAAAUCACCUUCAACUUCCUCACCCCUGUCGUCCACUCAGGUGCUCCACUGUCAGUGGGCGUGAAACGGGCAAGUCAGGACAGCGAACAGAACAUAAGUGAACGGGUGAUUAAACGACGACGAUCCAUGUUGUGGUGAAACAGUAUUGACGAGAUUUAGGACAGAGACCAUUCAAAAUUGUUGUGAAGAAGAAAAUUUACAUGUAAUCUGCAAUUUUGCUCAGAAGUUUUUUCAUGACUUUUAGACCUUUAUUAAUGCUCUGUUUAUUGUCUUGUGAAAUGAAUAUCUUAUUUUAACUUCUUGAGUUUUAAAUGAAAUUCAAAUUUAGGGAUUUUUUAUACAAAUGAAAUAUGAAUUCCUAAGGAUUUCUUAUAAGAUGUAGUAUAGGCUUCAAUGAUACGUAUAAGAUG